CAUCUAUAUGCAACAUAUGGCUUCGCCACUCCAUUAAACCGUUAUUGCGAUUGUAAUUCGAAAAUUGUGCAAAAAAAUGAAUGUGUAAUUUGAUUAAACUGAAGAAUGAUUGCCGAAUAAGUUGGAUCAUAAUGAAACCGACGUACUAUCUAUUCUGCUAAUGAUUCUAACCUCAAUAAGUGUACGAUUUUGUGGAGUAAAUUUUUUUCAAGAAAACGUUGACUGAAAAACUUGAUAUCAGUGUUGUUUAGUACGAAGAAAUAAUAUAUUAUAAAUAAUCGAGAGAAAAAUAAAUCGAAAAUGGCACCAACAAUUCAAACAAAUGGUACUGCUAAUGACAGAGAAAAAAGACCUGUAAGACCUGCAGAAAAAAGAUCAGAAUUGAUUUGUCGUGUAAAAUAUUGUAAUACUUUACCAGAUAUUCCAUUCGACCCUAAAUUUAUUACUUAUCCUUUUGAAUCUUCAAGAUUUAUUCAAUAUAAUCCCACAUCUUUGGAGCGUAAUUAUAAAUAUGAAGUUCUUACCGAACAUGAUUUGGGUGUUGAAAUAGAUUUAAUAAAUCGUGAUACAUACGCAGGCGAUCCAAAUGCUCAACUUGAUCCGGCAGAUGAAAAAUUACUUGAAGAGGACAUUCUUACUCCUCAAGACUCAAAAAGAUCUCGACACCAUGCAAGAAGUGUAUCUUGGUUGCGGCGCACUGAGUAUAUUUCUACAGAACAAACUAGAUUUCAACCUCAAACAAUGGAUAAAGUUGAAGCAAAAGUUGGUUAUAGUAUCAAGAAAAGUUUCAAAGAAGAAACGCUUUACAUGGAUCGUGAAAGUCAGAUAAAAGCUAUUGAGAAGACUUUUGAAGAUAAUAAGAAAUCUAUUGAAAAACAUUACAGUAAAGCAAAUGUUGUUCCUGUUGAAAUUCUUCCAGUAUUUCCUGAUUUUAAGUUGUGGAAGUAUCCAUGUGCUCAAGUCAUUUUUGAUUCAGAUCCUGCUCCAUCAGGACGUUCUGUUCCAGCUCAAAUAGAAGAAAUGUCACAGGCAAUGAUCAGAGGUGUGAUGGAUGAAAGUGGAGAACAAUUCGUAGCUUACUUCUUACCACUUGAAGAAACUUUAGAAAAAAGAAGAAGAGAUUUCGUUGCAGGAAUUGAUUACGCUGAUGAAGAAGAAUAUGAAUAUAAAAUGGCGAGAGAGUACAAUUGGAAUGUAAAAAGUAAGGCUUCGAAAGGCUAUGAAGAAAAUUAUUUCUUGGUUAUGAGAGAUGAUGGAGUAUAUUACAACGAGCUAGAAACCCGAGUAAGAUUGAGCAAGCGUCGUCAAAAAGUUGGACAACCAGCUAAUAAUACAAGACUUGUUGUACGACAUAGACCAUUGAAUGCCAGUGAAUUCAAAAUGCAAAGAUAUAGAGAAAAACAAUUAGAACCUCCUAAUGAAGAUGAUGAAGAAGAAGAGGAGGAAGAGGAAGAAGAAGAAGAACGAGAAAAUUCUGAAAGCAAACGAAAUAAUGACAAUGAUGAAAGUGAUAAUGAAGAAGUUGGAACACGACCUUCGUCAAGAGCUUCUUCAGCAGCUUCGAGUGACAAAUCUCGACAGUCUCAUUCUCCUUCCAAGUCCAGAUCUCAAUCACGAUCGAGAUCGCGUUCACACUCACCUUCAAAAUCAAGAUCACAAUCCAGAAGUCCAGCAAGAUCAAAUCGAUCAAAGUCGCGUUCAGGAUCUCCAGAAUCAAGGAGCCGAUCAAAAUCACCCUCAAAAUCUCGUUCUGCUUCGAGAUCACGUUCUCCAUCACCAGCUGGAUCUCACUCUCGCUCAUCAUCUGCAUCUAGAUCGCGCUCUAGGUCUAAAUCAAAGAGUAAGUCACCCUCGAGAUCUAGAUCUCAAAGCGCGAGUGAAAGUGGUAGCGGUAGUGCUAGCAGUGGAAGUGGAUCUGAGAGCGAAUGAGCUUAAUAAAUACUCUCUAGUAUUGAUUUCGAAAAUCGGUAAGGAUCAAGCUUUUGUAUGUUUGUAUAGAAGAAUUUUCAUUACUUAUAAAAUCAAAUUAGAUAUUAUUUAUUAUCUAUGUACAUAUAUAAACAUCGCUCAUAAUGUUAAAAAUAAAAUUAAUGAAGAAUUAACAAAAUGAAUCAUCUUCAUUUAUUUAACAUAAGAAUAUUAUAGAAUAUACUAGUAUCAGCUGUGGAAUUUUUCCACAAGCUUUACU